AUUAAUUGAAAUAUAUUAUAUUAAACCACUAUUUGUGGACAUUCCUCGGGCAAAGCUUGAAAAAGCACUUGCAGAGACACCUCUACGUUAUCCCGCUUCUUCAGGAAGACCAGAGAUAUGGAACAGCAGAUUGCACAAACGUUGUGGCUUCCGCCAGGAAUGUGUCUUCUAAAUCCUGUACCCACAAUGCAAUUUCAACCUACAUCAGCAAUAGCAGCGCAUCAUCAGAUGACGUCACAAUUUGUCAAACAACAACAAAUGAUAACAGUGCCGGCCACAAAUUUAAUUCAAAGUCCACAUUAUCUUCAACAAGCACAUAUAUUGCCGUCACCAGCACAAAACAUCAUACACAUUCCCGGGAUCCCAUUUGACAACUUACUACUUCCAUCUACCGGUAAACAACCAUACGAAAUUCAACAGCCUUUGAUGGAAAUCCCACAGUGUCAAACUCUAAAUCUUCAACCAGACAAACAAAUGUCUCUGGCACAGAACGCAACACUUUUCCCAACUGAAGCAUCAUUCCAAAGGCACUUUAUGACAACAAAAGUAAUAAAAAAGAAAAGAAUCUCACCUUCAGCAAAGAGGAGAAGCAGACUGAGGUUAAUUGCUUUUCUUGAAUCAAAGAAGAAACAGCAAAACGAACUUUUAAAUUCUUCAGACGAAAACACAAUGCUUCAAGCGCCCGACCAUGCGUAUCCUGAUGACGCAACAACUCCGCCAUCUUCUGAUGAUGUCACACUGUCACCUGGCUCGUCUUCGUCAUGAAUGGUUCAUCCGCAUAUUCACUUCUCAUUUCCACUAGUGAGACGGAACAUAACUAUAUAUUGAUCACAUUUCCGAAUAUAUUGAAUAUAAAACUCUGACAAGAAACUAUAUUUUCAUUUCAAAUGUUUCUUAUAAUGAUUGUUUAUAAACAAAUGCAUAUUAGAAGCGAUGAUUUAUAGAAUCAUCUACGAAUUUACAUUUGUUCAGUGGCACUUUUCUGACAAAUUUCAGUAUUGAUAAUAUAUUCUUAAAUGAAGUGUUCAUGAGUGGCAAAAAAUAUAGUCAAGCAUACAAGAUAAGUCGACACAACGAAUAUAUCAUAACUUUUAAAUGAACAGUAUCAAGAUUAAUAAACGGUUAUCAACUUUAUCGAUUUAAUUAAUUUGAUUAAAUAUAAAAUCAUUUUUGAUGUUUUUCACAAUAUAUAUUGCACUGCUUUUAACGCGUAAUAAUAUAAGGCUGACUAAUUUUUAGUCUUUUCAGCCAAAAUGACUUACAACAAUUCGGAAUGAUAUUACAAAUAUUUCAUUAAAUUUGUCCAAAAGAGUGUUUCAACACAGUUCUUCGUAUUUAAUACUGAUUUGUUUCGCAUCAUAAACUUGAAAUUAAAUAUCAGGUUUGAUAAAUUGUUAAACACAUUAUGAGUUAAUUUUGUAUUAAUGUAUAUUCAUGACAGUCAAGAUAUAUUUUAAUAAAAAAUUAUUAAAUCGAAGUAUUACCAAUAAAUUAUCAUUUAUAAUUAUUCUUAACUUGCCAAACCCUUCUUGACCACAAUUUUGAGCCAUGUAGUCAACAAAAAUGUCGUUGAAGUUUCUUCUUUCCUAUUUUCUUCGUUUGUUUUUAUUACUGAUUAUGCAUACUACUGUUUAUUUUAUGAUUAAACGAUGAAUAAAAUAAUGUUAUGUUUGA